UAUAUCUUUCACUUGGAUGUUUUAAGUUGCAAUGAGUAAAUACAGUUGGAUAAAACAAAAACUGUGUCCAUCUUCAUUUCAGGCUGCAAAGCAACAAAAUGUGAUUAUUUUAAAGGGGUGUGAUUCUUUUCUAUACCCACUGUAUGUUUGAAAUUGUAUGAAUUCAAAAUGAGGUGGUUAUUGCUUAAAUAACCAGGUUGGUUGGAAUUCUUGGUUCAGUAUGAUGGUUAUGAAAUGAGACUAAAUAAACUAAAGAUUAUAAUGUGUCAUCGCUUUCAGAGUAAAACUACGUGAGCUGCUGUUAAUACAUCCUAAUGUUAAUACAAGCUAAUGCAUUUGACCCCAGCUAACAUUACCAGCACUAAAACACUGCAGCCUACCAGCUGAUUCAAUCCAAGCAUUAAACAUUAUACAAUCGAUACAUGCAUUCAAAGCUUUAUGCUUUUGACUGUUUGCCGAAAAACUGUGGCCUGCUCAAAACGCGACCGUUAAUAUGAACAUUCUUCAUAUACAGACCAUUUGGUCUUCUGUUGAAGUGUUGAGUGCAGUGUGUUGCUGUUCAUUAAGAAAAGCAGAAGUUUUCACUGUGACAUCCUUAUGACCAGGAUUGGGACAAAGAGCGUGAGAUUUGCAGAAAAAUCAGUGGGGGACAUGUUGAAUGAGGGUGGGUGACUCUCAAGUUGGCCCUUCAGUCCCCCGGUUUGAGAGCUUAUAUAAGGAAACUUAUGUAAGAUGCACUGGGGGGCUUAACUGGGCGAUGGGCUGUCUCUGACGUGAGGGGGUGUAGUCUGAAACAGCAAGAGGGGAUUGUGGGAUUAGAUGUUUAGAGGGAGGGCUGUAUGUGUGUUUUUAAGUGAAGCGUUAGUAAGAGGAUCUGUGUAUGUGUAUGUCUCCACAUCUGUGUUCGGUAGGCGUCUGGAAUACUUUCUCUCCUUUCUUUGCUUGGAUGUCUCUCGGCCUCUUUUUCUGUCUUGCUUUUUUCACUCUUCUGCCUCCUGUCAGCUUUUUUAUAGAGUCAGAGUAGAGAGUAGUUUCUGUCUAGGUUUUUAUUUGAUCAGUCUCUUUGUUUUCAUUGGCAAGUCAGCAUUUUUCUUGUGGUUCAGAAGAGCAGAGGUCAGAUUUUACAGCAGGAAUGAUUCUCACUGUGGGCGAAGUGUUCUCAAACGGAGCAGGUUCUAACUCGGAUGCCGGGGGCAUUGGAGAAACUGGGGAGGGGAUGUCUGAACUUGUUGAGAGCGCAGACACUUCUGGAGCUAUGCAGCAGGUGUUGGAUAACCUGGGUGAGUUGCCCACCACCACCGGGGCUAAAGACAUUGACCUCAUCUUCCUCAAAGGCAUCAUGGAGAGUCCUAUCGUCCGCUCGCUGGCCAAGGCUCAUGAGCGUUUGGACAAUGUGAAGUUGGAGGCAGUGCAGGAGAAUAACGUGGAACUUGUGACUGAGAUUCUGGGUGACAUCAGCGGACUGACUGUACAAGAUGACAGCACUGCAGAGCUCUCCAAAAUCCUGCAGGAGCCCCAUUUUCAGUCUCUUCUGGAAGCCCAUGAUAUAGUGGCAUCAAAGUGCUAUGAAGCCCCACCCCCUCCUGAAGUGACCAAUGAAGCAGCAGUAAACAACGCUCUUAUGCAAGCUGAUGCAGUCAGGAUGAUUGGCAUCCGCAAGAAAGCAGGAGAACCUCUGGGUGUGACCUUCCGAAUGGACAAGGGUGACCUGGUAAUCGCUCGCAUCCUCCACGGAGGGCUGAUUGACAGGCAGGGGCUGCUGCAUGUGGGUGACAUCAUAAAGGAAGUGAAUGGGAAGGACGUUGGCAAUAAUCCCACUGAACUCCAGGAGAUGCUCAAAGAAUGUAUUGGAGGAAUAACACUGAAAAUACUGCCCAGCUACAGAGACGCUCCAGCGCCACCACAGGUUUAUGUACAGCCACAUUUUGACUACAAUCCAGCCAAUGACAAUCUAAUUCCAUGCAGAGAGGCGGGGCUUGCUUUCAAAAGGGGUGAUAUCCUGCAGAUUGUCAACCGAGAAGACCCAAACUGGUGGCAGGCAUGCCAUUUAACAGAAGGAGGUACUGGGCUGAUUCCCAGCCACUUUCUGGAAGAAAAGAGAAAAGCAUUUGUUCCUAGAGACCUGGAUGGAUCAGGAAUCCUAUGUGGAACAAUAACUGGUAAAAAGAAGAAAAAAAUGAUGUACCUUACUGCCAAAAAUGCAGAGUUUGAUCGGCAUGAGCUUCAGAUCUACGAGGAAGUAGCACGUAUGCCGCCAUUUCAGAGGAAAACCCUCAUUCUGAUUGGAGCGCAAGGAGUGGGGCGUCGUAGCCUGAAAAACAGACUAGUUGUACUACAUCCCACUCGCUUUGGUACCACUGUACCACACACGUCUCGGCAGUCUCGCAGUGAUGAGCAAGAUGGUCAGUCAUAUAGAUUUGUAACACGUCUAGAGAUGGAGAUGGACAUUAAGGCGGGCCGGUACCUGGAACACGGAGAGUACGAUGGCAACCUGUAUGGUACUAAAAUCGACUCCAUCCAUGAGGUGGUGAACACCGGCCGCACAUGUAUCCUGGAUGUCAAUCCCCAGGUGAGGCCUGAAAUGAAGACGGAGGGAAGCGCUUGA